AUCUUAACCACAGACCACCAUGUUAAAUAGGAUUUUAUCGGGAAUAUUCGUUAAGAACUCUAAAAUUAAGAUUUAAAAAAAUAAAAUACAUACGUAGCUCUUGAAAAAAAUGUUAUUAAAUGGUGUUAAAAUGCCUGGCAUGACCAGCAAGUCAACUCAAUAAGCGCAUAGAAAUUCGGUGCAACUAUUAGCAAAUAUCUGGAGUUCUUCACGCACAAGUAUGACGUCACCACGCGCGCUGCUGUGCACGAGCUGUCUCCGAAAGUCCGCAGACGUCAAUGCGAGCGGCGAGGUUGUUAAGUACUGCAUACAGUGCAGCGAGAACCUGUGCAAGCCCUGCCUCAAGGAACACAUUCGGUACGGCAGCGGCUCGGGAACGAGACACACAUUCCUGAACAAGGACGAGAUGCCACCCUGGCUUAUUUGGACUGAUGGCGCGCAGGGCGGCUCGCAGAAGUGUUCCCGGCACCCGGACAAUGACAUGGACGUCUACUGUCCGGCCCACCACGUGAUCACAUGCGGCGCGUGCAUCGUGCUGGAACACGAUUCUUGCGAAAAUGUCAUUGAUACCACCGAUGAUUUAGACGAAGAGGCUGCAGCUAAGGCAAAAAAGAAUCUACAACAACUAGCCAAUGACACUGUAACAGAGAUGAGCCGAUUGAUAGAUGCGAAAAAGAAAACACAAGCGAAGCAUAGAAAGAACGUCGCUGACGCCCUGAUGAAUGUCCGAGAAUUCCGACAGUAUGUCGAUACCAUUCUAGAUAAACUAGAAAAGACCACAACGGAUCAGAUUAAUUCCUUUUGUAUCGAGAAUGAUGACAAAAUAGAACAACAACUAAGGAAGUUAGAGAAACAGGCAUUGCUUCUACAUUUUGGGACGAAAAAUCUGAAAGAAGCCAGCGAGAGAGAUACAUCUCUCCAAGAUAUGAUAAAUGUGUAUUAUAGUAGAAAAGUUGUGGAUGAAAGUAAGACGCUUUGUCAGGAGUUGCGAGCGACAUCAGGUGACGAUGCGCGCACUUUUCGGAUCGCACCAUCUAUUAAGCAAUACUUUGAGAAUCUAAAGUCACUCGGGGAGUUAGUAAAAAUACACACAACAACAGGCGUGAAAACAAAACUCGAGCGUCAAGUGUUAAAUUACGACUCCAGCUCAGAUGACGUGGGCAUACUGGCACCGACGCCGAUGCAUUCAGGUAAAAUUUACGUGAGCGACUCGGAAAACAAAAAUGUCAAAGUGAUAGAUGAUAGCGGGUCCAUUUUGAACACCAUCUCAUUCCAGUCAAUUUUCGAGGAAAAUAUCGAACCGCCUAAGACCAGUUUGCUUUAUGAACCUCACUCUAUAUGCCGAGUAGAUGAAGAAAGGAUUCUAGUGUCAUUUGAACAAGACAAGCUCGUAGGAGUUGUAACCUUAGUGAAUGACACAUCCAGGGUUUCCGUAAUUCACGUGGGGGAGGUGUGCAGGGGGGUCUGCUAUAACUCCCUCUACGACGAACUGUACGUCUGCUGUGGAGGGGGAAGUUUGCUGGACGAGGGGUUAGGCCAGCUCAAGGUGUUUAAAUUAACAGGAGAUCUUCUGAGAACUGUGAAAACCGCUCCCCCUGACAAGAAACCCGUGUUUUCGCGACCGGUGGCAGUCGCGUGCAGCAACGAUGGUUCAACUGUAUUCGUCUCUGACGUGCAUAAAGGAAUUGUGGUUCUAAACCGAAAAGGGAAGCAACUCUCGUUAUUCACUGCACGAGAACUCGAUCAACCACGUGGUAUAUGCGUCGACGUCAACGAUAAUUUGAUCGUCUGUGGACAUGGCUCUAACAAUAUUAUCAAGGUCUCGCGGAAUCUCGACGCUUAUGAAGUCAUUGUUCGCGAGUCAGACGGUCUCUCAAGUCCACAGUGCGUCUGCUUCGUGCCCUGCAGAUCCAAACUUCUGAUCACCAUGAGUAACUCUAAGGAACUUCUGUACGUGACGUAUUUAUAGACUCGCUAGGGAUUGGACCGAUCUAUCAAAAACUUUAAGGGUGUAUUGUUUGUGGAAUGUACUUCAUGAAUAUUCGUGAAAAUAAAGCACUUUUUUGCUGCAUUG